UUUUGAUGGCGGCUAGUGGUGGCUUUUCUUUGGGUAGCCAGGAUGCUCUUAGCACCCUCGGGACCUGCGAGCUCCCGAGGUUGAUGCUGGCCCAGGAUGGAUCAGACCUGUGAGUUCCCUCGAAGAAAUUGCCUGACGCCCUUUUCCAAGCCCGUGAAUUUCGAUGCCCCUGAAGACAAGGACAGCCCUUUCGGUAAUGGUCAAUCCACUUUUUCCGAGCCACUUAAUGGGUGUACUAUGCAGUUUCCGCCUGCCAGUGGCACCUCCCAAAAUGCUUAUGGACAAGAUUCUCCAUCUUGUUACAUUCCACUGCGGAGACUACAGGAUUUGGCCUCCAUGAUCAAUGUAGAGUAUUUAAAUGGGGCUGCCGAUGGCUCAGAAUCGGCUCCGGGCCUUGAAAACAGUGAUUCCAGAGCUCGGUCUCCACUGGUUUGCACGGCUUUGACUCCAGGUGGCCCGACGGCACUUGCUGUGAAGCAGGAGUCCACUUGUAAUAACUCCCCUGAACGCCAGGUAUCAGGCAUAAAGAUGCUUCAGAAUGGCCUUCCGCGCUCUGAGAAUGUUACAUAUGUGGACGAUGCAGAUGUAGAUUCUGAAAUGGACCCAGGACAGUCGGUCCCAGAGGAUGGGAGAAUAGAGGAGCUCUUUGAGGAAACCCAGACCAAUGCCACAUGCAGUUCUGAGCCUAAGGCAGAGAAUGGUGGAGCCGUGGCCAUGGGAAAUGAAGGAGACAGCACGCCAGAGAAUAGACCCGAGGCAGGCCCAGCGCCACUCUUGCCAUUAGUUCCUCAGACUGAACCACAGAAAAAUAAGCAAAGGAAUGAAGUGGACGGCAGCGAGGACAGAGCACCCCUCCUCCCAGCCCCCCUUUCACUAGGAGAUACGAACGUUAAUGUAGAAGAGCAAUUAAAUUCCAUACAUUUAUCUUUUCAGGAUGAUCCAGACUCCAGUACCAGUACAUUAGGAAACAUGCUAGAAUUACCUGGAACUUCAUCAUCAUCUACUUCACAGGAAUUGCCAUUUUGUCAACCCAAGAAAAAGUCUAUACCCCUGAAGUAUGAAGUUGGAGAUCUCAUCUGGGCAAAAUUCAAGAGACGCCCAUGGUGGCCCUGCAGGAUUUGUUCUGAUCCGUUGAUUAACACACACUCAAAAAUGAAAGUUUCUAACCAGAGGCCCUAUAGACAAUACUACGUUGAGGCUUUUGGAGACCCUUCUGAGAGGGCCUGGGUGGCUGGAAAAGCAAUAGUUAUGUUUGAAGGCCGACAUCAAUUUGAAGAGCUUCCUGUCCUUAGAAGAAGAGGGAAGCAGAAAGAAAAAGGAUAUAGGCAUAAGGUUCCUCAGAAAAUUCUGAGUAAAUGGGAAGCCAGUGUUGGUCUUGCUGAGCAGUAUGAUGUUCCUAAAGGAUCUAAGAACCGAAAAUGCAUCACCAGCUCUAUCAAGUUGGACAGUGAGGAGGACAUGCCCUUUGAGGACUGUAUGAAUGAUCCUGAAUCUGAACAUGACCUUUUGCUUAAUGGCUGCUUGAAAUCUCUGGCCUUUGACUCUGAACAUUCGGCGGAUGAGAAGGAAAAGCCUUGUACAAAGUCUCGCAUCCGGAAGGGUUCUGAUACCUCCAAGAGAAUCAGUGUGAAGAAAGGCCCCAUGCAGUUCGAUGUACACAAGGAGGAACGGAGGGGCAAGAUCCCGGAGAAGCUCGGCCUCAGCUUUAUUUCUGGGGAUGUGUCUGAGAAGCAGGCCUCGAGUGAACUGUCCCGGAUAGCAAGCAAUCUCUCAGGAUCCAGCCCACCCCCUGGAAGUUUUCUCUUUGCUCCUUGUGGGAAAAACUCAUCCAAGAAAGAUUUUGAGACUUCCCCACGCGAUUCCUUGUUGGGCUUGCCUGAGGCGGCCUUGAUGCCUGCUCUGUCCGGGGAGAAGCCAUCGCUCCAACGUGGCCUGGUGUGCAGUUCGCAGGUGCAGCUCUGCUACAUCGGACCUAGGGAUGAGGAAAAGCGCAGUGACUCCAUCAGCAUCUGUACCACAUCUGACGACGGAAGCAGUGACCUGGAUGCCCUCGACCACAGCUCUGAGUCGGAUCACAGUGGCCUGGAGAUCACAGAUACUUACGACUGCACUGAGAACUUACUUUCUGUGCAGAAGAAUGACAAAGUCAAGUUCUCCAGGUUUCCUGUCACAAACACUAAGGCAAAAACAAAGUUGAAGUCCCCCAUUCCUAACUCCCACACUGACCACUUCACGGACUGUCCAAAGAUAGCAGAGCCUGGAGCUGAACCAGCUCAGGUUAGUCUCACCAACCUACAAUUAUGCACUGUUGCCCAUAAGCCCCAAUCAGAGCUUCGGAAUGAUGUUCUCCUGCCCAAAUUCAAUACACUCUCUAGCCUAUCUAGUGAGAACUCACUGCUUAAGGGGGCCCCCACAAAUCCAGCCUUGGUUCAUUCAAAGAGCAAACAGCCCAAGAUCCGGAAUAUUAAGUACAAACAUAAAGACAGUUCUACUGUGACUGAGGCUCUGGCUACACAGGAGGAUUCGAAGUACAGUGCUUCUCGUGCCAAAGCUUCACCUCUGAGCAGCAUUUCCAAAAGCGGGAAGGCAGAUGGGCUUAAACUACUGAGCAACAUGCAUGAGAAAACCAGGGAUUCCAAUGACAUCGAGACGGCCGUGGUGAAGCAUGUGCUGUCAGAGCUGAAGGAGCUCUCAUAUCGCUCCUUAAGUGAGGACUCCAGUGACUCUGCCACUGUCAGACCGGCCAAACCCUUGCUCUUUUCUCCUUCCUCAGCUCAGAACCAUAUACCGAUCGAGCCAGACUAUAAGUUCAGUACCUUGCUCAUGAUGUUGAAAGACAUGCAUGAUAGUAAAACUAAAGAGCAGCGGCUAAUGAUGGCUCAAAACUUGGUCUCCUUCCGGAGCCCGGGUAUUGGGGACUGUUCCACCAGUAGCCCCAUGGGGGCAUCUAAAGUUUUGGUUUCUGGAGGCUCCACUCAGAAUACAGAAAAAAAAGCAGAUGGCCCCAUGGAUGCGGCCUGGUCUAGCCCUGGUGGGGCCAGCUCCACAAAGUCUGGUGGAUCACCUGAUUCCCUCCCAGGCUCCAGGACACUACAGUCUGAGCGAAGAGACCUCCCUACUUCUGUUAAAAAUCAGUCCAACUGUGUUACCAGGCGCAAUUCAGGACGGGCAAAGCUGCCAUCCAAACUGCGAGAUGCUUUUACCCCCCCAGUGGGAAAAAAAACAGUGAACCGUAAAGCCUUAAAUCCAGAACGCAAGAGAAAACCCAACCACAUUUCUGCUGGGACCCGAGACUCUUCCCUGCAGGGAGACAGGGAGAAUAGGGCUUCUGAGAGGGCUGAGCCAGGGUCCAUCCUAGAAAAAGAUCCCCUCCGAUUGAUGGGCUCUCUGUCCAGUGAAGAUGUCAUCCCACUUCCUGAAUGCCUUGAUAACCAGGCCAAAUUGUCGAACCCCAAGCAAAGUCCCAAGAAAACCCCCUCUUUUGAUAAAAACAAAGGUGGAGACUCUGAAGUGAACAGUGAGAAUGAGGAGCCCAAUGGUAUGAAUCAGGCAGUGCCCAAGAAGCGAUGGCAGCGGUUAAACCAAAGGCGCACAAGGCCUCGGAAGCGUGCAAACAGGUUUCGGGAGAAGGAGAACUCUGAGGGUGCCUUUAAGGCCUUGCUUUCUGCUGACCCUGUGAAGAAGGAGGAUGAGUGUCAGGAACACACUCCUUCACCUGCACCUGUGGGGACUGUUCUAGGGGGGCCCAUGCUGGAGCCCAGCCCUGGCAGCCACUCUGAUGCCAUCGGGACAAGUUUGGACGUUGAUGUUAAGUCUGUCGGCAAUGUGGGCAAAUUAGAAAAGGAACCAGAGCCUGGUAUCCCCAGCCUUACUCCCCAGGCCAAGCUUCCUGAACCAGUUGGUCGGUCAGAGAAGAAACGCCUUAGGAAGCCAAGCAAAUGGCUUCUGGAAUAUACAGAAGAAUAUGAUCAGAUCUUUGCUCCUAAGAAAAAACAAAAGAAGUUACAGGAACAGGUACACAAGGCAAGUUCCCGCUGUGAAGAAGAGAGCCUUUUAUCCCGAUGUCGAUCCAGUGCUCAGAACAAGCAGGUGGAUGAAAAUUCUUUGAUUUCAACCAAAGAAGAACCUCCAGUUCUUGAAAGGGAGGCUCCGUUUUUGGAAGGGCCCUUGACUCAGUCAGACCUUGGAAGUGGACAUGCUGAGUUGCCACAGUUGACCUUGUCUGUUCCUGUGACUCCGGAAAUCUCAGCACGGCCUGCCCGUGAAUCUGAGGAAUUGCUAGUUAAAACACCAGGAAAUUAUGAAAGUAAGCGUCAAAGAAAACCAACUAAGAAACUUCUUGAGUCCAAUGACUUAGACCCUGGAUUUAUGCCCAAGAAAGGUGAUCUUGGACUUUCUAAAAAGUGUUAUGAAAGUGGUCGCUUGGAGAAUGACAUCACUGAAUCACGCACUGCCUCUCAUUCUAAAGAGUUUGGUGUAGGCACCAACAAGAUAUUUGAUAAACCUAGAAAACGGAAGCGACAGAGGCAUACCUUUGCCAAGGUUCAAUACAAGAAGGUGAAGAGUGAUGACUCAUCAAAACAGACUCCAAGUUCAGAGGGUGAGCCAAUGCCACUGAGGACGGCAGGUAGUCUCAAGGAGCCCAUGGAGGAGGGCAUGGAGCACGAUCAUGGAUUGCCAGUGUCUAAGAAGCUGCAAGGGGAACGCGGCGGGGGAGCUGCACUCAAGGAGAAUGUCUGCCAGAACUGUGAGAAACCUGGGGAGUUGUUGCUAUGUGAGGCUCAAUGCUGUGGAGCUUUCCACCUGGAAUGCCUUGGACUAUCUGAGAUGCCCAGAGGAAAAUUCAUCUGCAAUGAAUGCCGCACUGGUAUCCAUACUUGCUUUGUAUGUAAGCAGAGUGGGGAGGAUGUUAAAAGGUGCCUUCUUCCCUUGUGUGGAAAGUUCUACCAUGAAGACUGUGUGCAGAAGUAUCCGCCCACCGUCGUUCAGAACAAAGGUUUCCGCUGCUCCCUGCACAUCUGCAUCACCUGCCACGCUGCUAACCCAUCCAGUGUCUCUGCGUCUAAAGGUCGAUUGAUGCGCUGUGUUCGCUGCCCUGUGGCUUACCAUGCCAAUGAUUUUUGCCUGGCUGCAGGGUCAAAGAUCCUUGCAUCUAACAGUAUCAUCUGCCCUAAUCACUUUACUCCUAGGCGGGGCUGUCGAAAUCAUGAGCAUGUUAAUGUCAGCUGGUGUUUUGUGUGCUCAGAAGGAGGCAGCCUUCUGUGCUGUGAUUCUUGUCCUGCUGCUUUUCACCGAGAAUGCCUGAACAUUGACAUUCCUGAAGGAAACUGGUACUGCAAUGACUGUAAGGCAGGCAAGAAGCCACAUUAUAGAGAGAUCGUCUGGGUCAAGGUCGGACGCUACAGGUGGUGGCCAGCUGAGAUUUGUCAUCCUCGAGCUGUACCUUCCAACAUUGACAAGAUGAGACAUGAUGUGGGCGAGUUCCCAGUGCUCUUCUUUGGCUCCAAUGACUAUCUGUGGACUCACCAAGCCCGAGUCUUUCCCUACAUGGAGGGGGAUGUGAGCAGCAAAGAUAAGAUGGGCAAAGGCGUGGAUGGAACUUAUAAAAAAGCUCUUCAAGAAGCUGCAGCAAGGUUUGAGGAGCUGAAGGCCCAGAAGGAACUCCGGCAGCUACAGGAGGACCGGAAAAAUGACAAGAAGCCUCCCCCUUAUAAACACAUCAAGGUGAACCGUCCCAUUGGCAGAGUGCAGAUCUUCACUGCAGACUUGUCAGAAAUUCCGCGCUGCAAUUGUAAGGCAACCGACGAGAACCCAUGUGGGAUUGACUCAGAGUGCAUUAACCGCAUGCUGCUGUAUGAGUGCCACCCUACCGUGUGCCCCGCGGGGGGCCGCUGCCAAAACCAGUGCUUCUCCAAGCGCCAGUACCCUGAGGUGGAGAUCUUCCGUACUCUGCAGAGGGGCUGGGGGCUGCGGACAAAAACGGACAUUAAGAAGGGUGAAUUUGUAAACGAGUAUGUGGGAGAGCUGAUCGAUGAAGAAGAAUGCAGAGCUCGAAUCCGUCAUGCCCAAGAGCAUGACAUCACUAAUUUUUAUAUGCUCACUCUAGACAAAGACCGAAUCAUCGAUGCUGGCCCCAAAGGAAAUUUUGCCAGGUUCAUGAAUCACUGCUGCCAACCCAACUGUGAAACCCAGAAGUGGUCUGUCAACGGGGACACUCGGGUUGGCCUCUUCGCACUGAGUGACAUUAAAGCAGGCACUGAACUUACCUUCAACUACAACCUAGAAUGUCUUGGGAAUGGAAAGACUGUUUGCAAAUGUGGAGCCCCGAACUGCAGUGGCUUUUUGGGUGUGAGGCCAAAGAAUCAGCCUAUUGCCUCGGAAGAAAAGGCCAAGAAAUUUAAGAGGAAGCAACACGGGAAGCGCCGGAGCCAGGGUGAAGUCACCAAGGAGCGUGAAGACGAAUGUUUCAGCUGUGGGGAUGCUGGCCAGCUCGUGUCUUGCAAGAAGCCAGGCUGCCCAAAGGUUUACCAUGCAGACUGCCUCAACCUCACCAAGAGGCCUGCAGGGAAGUGGGAAUGUCCCUGGCACCAGUGUGACAUCUGUGGGAAGGAGGCUGCCUCCUUCUGUGAGAUGUGCCCCAGCUCCUUUUGCAAGCAGCAUCGUGAGGGGAUGCUCUUCAUCUCCAAGCUGGACGGCCGUCUGUCCUGCACUGAGCAUGACCCCUGCGGGCCCAAUCCCCUGGAGCCUGGGGAAAUCCGUGAGUACGUGCCACCCCCUGGGCCACCGCCCCCUGGGCCCACGGCAUCGGAGAAGCCCGUGGACACUUCCCCACCGCUCUCACUGGCCAAAAAAGCGCCACCAGGGACCUGCCCACGGCUGUCCCAGCCUGACCGGCCACCUCCUGGUAGAACUGAUUGCAGGCCUCAGUCUGUGGACAGGGGCCGGGACCCAGCUGGGGCAGGGACCAAGGCCCCCUCCUCAGCGUCCAACCAGAAGCCCCCGGACCGGCCCUGUGUUGUGGCUACAGGACCCCGACCCCCACCCUCUGAUAAGCCUUCUCCCGUCUCUGGCCCCACCACCUCCACCUCAGUCAGGUCCCCACCACUGGAUCGAUCUCCAGGGGCAUCUGAACCCCGGCUGGAGAAACCCAGAGGUGCUGCCAGCUCACGGCCCCCCACCCUGGAGAAGAACCCAGUUUCUACUGGCCUGAGACUGCGUCCACAAGACAAACUGCUGCUUCCCAGUGGCCCCAAACUUCAACCUUCUGACCGGCCUCCCGAGAAACCCCAUGGUCCCCUGACCCAGAGACUGCCACCUCCUGACAAAGUCUUAUCAGCUGUGGUGCAGAGCCUGGUUGCCAAGGAGAAAGCACUACGGCCAGUGGAUCAGAACUCUCAGGCCCAGAACAGAGCAGCCCUGGUUGUGGACUUCAUUGACCUCACCCCUUCCCACAAGGAGCUUGCAGCUUCUCCAGAUGCCGGCCCACAGCUCCCAGAAAAGAUACCUGCGCUGGAGGCCAGCUUGUGGCCCGCCAGCAAAGCCCCGGGCGAGCGGAGCAGCAUUUCUGAUCCUGGUCUUCAGGCCCCUGGGAAAGCUGCUGCUUCUGAGCAUCCUUGGCAAGCUGUUAAGUCACUCAGCCAGGCCAGACUUCUUCCUCAGCUCCCUGCCAAGGCUUUUCCAUAUGAGUCAGCAACUCAGGCCCCAGGUCGUGCCCCAGCUGGGCCUGACCCUGCAGUGCCUCCCCUCCAGACUGCGGGGUUAUUGAAGCAGGUGAAGCAGAUUACCACGGGCCAGCAGCUCUCGGGCCUUGCUGCCAAAAGUGGGGUGUCCUACAGGCCUAUGGGGAAGAUCCCCAGCCCGCUCCCUAUGGAAGAGAAAAAACUGCCCACCUCUGAGCAGCGGCCCUGGGCCUUGGGCAAGGCCUCCCCAGGGUCUGGGCUUUGGCCCCUAGUGGCCGGACAGACCCGGGGGCAGUCCUGCUGGUCCUCUGGGAGUACACAGACAUUGGCUCAGACUUGCUGGCCCCUUGGGAGAGGGAAAGACCCUAAGCCAGAGCAAAACCCACUUCCAACUCUUAACCCGGCACCUUCCACUCACAAGUGUCCAGAGUCCGACCAGAAAUGAGAGCAUCGGUGUCACCUGACCAGUGCAGCCACCUCUGGGUUCUUGGGGAUGGGAGAGCUUCCAUCUUUCCUUCCCCCUUAAACAGACCACAGUCCCCAACUCUUUUCCACUGUUACUUUAUUCUUCCCUUAUGUCCCGACACUCAGACCUUGUGACAUUUUUUCAGUGGGGCAUGUGGUUGUGUGAACUGUGUCUGGGAUUGCAGUGGGCCCCAGCUGAGGAGACAGGCAGACCUGGGUCUUCCCAUCUUUACAUGGUCAAUUGAAAAUAAAAAGUCCACUCUCGAGUCAA